UAUACCUUGUCAACGUCGAAUAUCUAUCAAUCAUGACGUCGAAGGAGGGUGACGAAGCUAAAGUCCCAGAGGAAGACGUCGAGCAACUAUCACUUGAAGCCGCCUCAAUUCAGAACGGCGAGGACAUAUUGCAACUAGAGCAUACGGACCCAGUGCUAAAUGCUAAGAUGCAUCUAGUCAACGACGCCAUCGACGAGAUUGGGUUCACCACGUAUCAAUGGAAGCUUUUCGUAUUGAAUGGUUUUGGCUAUGCCGUUGAUUCUCUCAUCCUGCUCAUUCAAUCCAUCAUCGCGGAUCGGGCUGCCCUCGAAUUCAAACCAUCCUACCCAAAAGGCAUGACCAUAGCCGCUUACUCGGGGAUGCUUGCCGGAGCUCUUUUUUGGGGAAUAGGUGCCGACGUCAUUGGGAGAAAGCUUGCCUUCAAUGUCUCUCUCAUGAUCUGCUCUGUUUUCGCCAUUCUCGCUGGAGCCUCGCCGAACUGGUAUGUGCUCGGGCUGUUCAUCGCCCUGAGUUCCUUUGGUGCAGGAGGAAAUCUGGUCUUGGACACAACAGUCUUCUUGGAAUAUCUACCCAGCAAAGAUCAAUGGCUGUUGACUCUGAUGGCCCUAUGGUGGGGAAUUGGCCAGUUAAUCGCUGGCCUCUUCGCCUGGGGUUUCAUCCCCAAGUUCUCUUGUACUGAUCCGUCCAUUGACACCACCGCCGCCCCUUGUUCCUACUCCAAUAAUAAAGGAUGGCGCUACAUCUGGUACGCAUCCGGCUCGCUGGUAUUUGUCAUGUCAAUCCUACGCAUCACCGUGAUACGCCUCAACGAAACCCCAAAAUACCUCCUCGGCCGCGGCGCCGAUGCUGAAGUGGUUGAAACCCUCAAAGGCAUCGCAACGAGAUACAACCGUCCCUUCUCCCUGACCCUCGAAAAGCUCUCUGCAUGCGGAGCUACUGCUGCGCCAUCGGGUUCUAGAUUUGGAAUAUCGGGCGUCAUGGUGCACUUGCGAGGUCUCCUCGCCACCCCCCGCAUCGCCAUCUCCACGUUCCUCAUCUGGGUCUCAUGGGCCCUCAUCGGCCUCGCCUACCCCCUUUACAACGUCUUCCUGCCUAGCUAUCUUGCCUCCCGCGGUGCUUUGUUCGGCGAAACAUCCGCCUAUAUUACAUGGCGCAACUACGCCCUCUCGAAUAUGUGCUCGAUCUUCGGGCCCAUACUCGCUGGGUACCUCUGCUCCGUCAAGUUCCUAGGCCGGAAGUACACCAUGGUCCUCGGCGCACUCGCCACAAUGGCGUUCUUCUUCGCGUAUACGCAGGUACGCAACAAUGCGCAGAAUCUGGGCUUUACUUGCGUGAUCAGCUUUUGGCUGAACGUGUAUUAUGGCACGCUGUAUGCGUAUACGCCUGAGGUACUGCCGAGUGCACAUCGCGGAACAGGGAAUGGGAUUGCGGUGGGGUUUAAUCGGAUGAUGGGAAUUUUGAGCGCGGUUAUUGCGACGGUUGCGGAUACGAAUACCCCCGUGCCGAUUUAUAUCUGUGCUGCGCUGUACAUUGUUAUGGCAGGGAUUGCGGCGGUGUUCCCGUUUGAGCCAUAUGGCCGCCGGUCCUCUUGAGGGCUGGGGGGAUUGGUCUUUGACUUGGGAGGAGUAGGGUUUGGGAUGUGAUAUGAAUGGCGGCAAUAAACAACGAAUUGCUCACGAUCAAGAAAAGAAACUAAGGGGAGUAGAAAAGCUGUGCAUUACUAAUGAAUUCAAUCGCUUGCGAUAGCUAAACGCAC